AUGAUAUCACCAAAUCAAUUGACACCUCAAAGGGUAAAUGGCAGUAAAAAUAAGGGCAUGAUGAAUACUAAUAUGAUGAUGUCCCCCCUAAAUCAAUCACAACCAACCCAACAAUCACAGUCAUUAACACCCCAACCCCCUCAACAGCAAUCACAACAAUCACAACAAUCACAGCAACCACAACCACAACCACAACAGUUUAUGUUAUCAGAAGGUGCAGAUGAGGCAUCAUCAAAUGUACAUGCUGUUCCAUUAUCUAAUUCAAGUUCACCAGCCGUACCAGGUCAAGGCUUUUCCUCAUUUAAAUUAUCAUCAGCAAACUCACCAAUUAUUAGUAAUUCUGAUAGACAAGUACCAACCCCACAAAAGAAAUUUAAAAGAGCAAAUGAAUUUGAUCACGAUUCUCACAGUGAUAAUACAACAUCAAAUCAUGGUAAUAGUAAUUUAACCCCAAAUAUUACAUCAUUAUCAAUUCAAUCUUCUCAAUCACCAAGAAAGGGUCCAAUAAAUGGAAAUGCUUCACCAAAAAAUAAAAUAAAAAUCAAUAUUGCUGGUACUAGACCUUCAAAUGAUGAUCAGAGACAAUCAAAUAAUAAUUCACCAGUUCAAGGACAACCAAAUAAUAAUGGUAAUAACAAAGAAAAUGAUAAACAGUUAUCAAAUCAACAACAACAAUCAACACAACAAAAUAAAUCAAUGGUCCCUCAUGACGAUCAAAGAAGACAUUCAUAUAAUGCUUUUGAACAACAACAACACCAAAUGCAAUCACAAAUUGAUGAUCAAAGAAGAUCUCAUUCCUAUUCACCAUAUUUGGUUCAAUCUAAUCAAAAUAAUAAUUCAAUAGGGCAAUCAAAUAAUACAACUGCUAGCCCAAGCUCCAAUAAUAAUAGUAACAACAGUAAUAAUAGUAAUAGCUCACCAAUUGUAAAUAAUAACCCAUCACCAUCAUCAACACCACAAUUAAACGAAGAAAAUAAUAACGCUAUAAGAUCUAACGGCACUAUACCAUUUGCAAACUAUGAUAUGAGUGCAAUUUUAAACAUGCAAAGUGAACAAAGAAGACACUCUUAUUCACCAUAUGGCCCUAUGGACCCAGCUAUAAUGGGAAUGCAGCAAAACAUGAACGAUCAAAGAAGAGUAUCAUAUACACAAUAUGAAAAUGUACAACAUAAUAUGAUGCAUCAGCAUUAUAUUCAACACCAAAUGAUGCAACAGAAUCAAAUGAUGCAUCAUCUUCAACACCAACAACAGUUACAAUUACAACAACAAUUACAACAACAACAACAACACCAACAACACCAACAACCACAACUACCACAACAACUUUCACCAAAAAAUACAAAUAAUAAUAAUAACAAUAACAACAAUAAUAGCAACAACAAUUUAAAUAAACCACAAUCACCAACCACUAAAGAGCAAAACUCAUCCCCAGUACAGGUACCAUUUAUUGAUCAAGCAGCUAAUCAAAUGAAUGAUUUUUCAGAAUCACAAAAAAUAAAUGAAAAUAAUAGUUCGAAUCCAAAUAAUACAAAUAAUAAUAAUAACAAUACUAAUAAUAAUUUAAAUAAAAAACCUGAAGGCGAAGUUAAUAAUAGCAAUAAUAUAAACAAUAGUGUAGAUAAAAUACAACAGGUUCAUUUACCACCACCCCCACCUCCAUCACAACAACAAGCACCACCAUCAUCCCAAGCACCAAACCCAAAUACCCAAUAUUUAACACCAUUAUUAGCAGCAGGUGGUGGUAGUGGAGGUUAUAGCAAUAAUCCAAUGCCUAGUACAAAUGAGGAUGAUCAUUGGAUUUUAUCAUUUUUGGACAUUGAUAGCGAACAACAACAAAAUCAACAAAAUCAACAAAAUCAACAAAGCCAACAAAACCAACAAAAUCAACAACCACAAAAUAUACAACAACAACAACAACAGCAACAACAACAACAAAAUAUACAAACACAAUUACCACAACAAAUCCAACAACAUAAUUAAAUAAUAAUAGUUUUAUAGUUAAUAAAAUAAUAAAUAGUUUUUUUUUUUUUUUCCCUUUUUUCAAAUCAUAAAAAAAAAAAAAAAAAAAGAAUACUGUAAAAUUUUUUUUUUAAAACC